AUGUGUCCACACGAUGAGUCGAUGAGCGAAGUGGAUUGCCUAUAUUCUUGCAGCCAUCAUACGAAAACUGGCAAGACUCCAGAAGAGGUUAUCGACAAAUUUUUGACCACAUUGGGCGAAUACUUAAAGAAAAACGAAAGCAAUUUUCCGAUGGAGGAAAUCGAAUAUGGAGAAGCGGCGAAUCAAAAGAUUGAUGUUUGGGGACGGGUCGACGAGAAAAUCUUUGUCUACAUUCACGGAGGAUUUUGGAUGGAAGGAGACCGAAAAUACGCUACAUCGAUGGUGGAAAGAUUGGCGAAAUUGGGGAUCUCAGUGGCUUGUGUUGGCUACGAGUUUGCCACAUCCAAGCACACACUCGAUUUCCUUGUACAGGAGAUUGUCAUUGCUGUUCAGAAACUCUUGCACACUUACCCGAAAAGCCGUUUCAUCAUUGGCGGACAUUCGGCUGGAGCUCAUUUGGCUUUUAAAGCACUCGCAUCAAUCAAAUUCGAGCCACGAAUCGAGAAACUCGUUUUGUUUUGUGGAGUCUACGAACUCGAGGGAUUGAUAGAAACCUAUGUGGCAAAAACGAUUGGCUUGACUCCAUUGCUCGCCAAAGAAUGCGAGUGUCGUGCUGAGGAGUUGAACGGAUGGAAGGGAAGAAUUCUGAUGCUAGACGCUCUUCACGACUCACCGCCAAUGCUAGAAGCGCAAAAAGUUGUUCACAGAAAGCUGAAGUCUCUUGGAAUCGGCGUAAAAAGAGAGACCAUCCCCGACUCGGAUCACUUCUCGAUCAUCGAAAAUCUCGAAGCAAUGCUUUUCUCACUGCUUUUGCUUUGUUUCUCCAUCAGUUUCACCUCCGGAGCCGUCUAUCGUCAAUCGCUGAUCCGUCGUGUCUCUCCAAUGACCCGAAUGAUCAAUGCUGGCACUUGGGAAACGUUUCUCCGCGAAAGGGACUCCAUUCGAACCACAAUUCAUAAGAAUAUGGGAUAUCCGCAAAAGGUCUACGAUUAUCAAGACGAGGAAUACUUGGGAAACAUCACUGUCGGCACACCCGAUCAACAAUUCAGGGCCGUUCUCGAUACAGGCUCCUCAAACUUGUGGGUGCCUGAUGUGAGUUGCACUGGUGAUGGAUGCCAAGGGAAAGACGUUUUUGACUCCAACAAAUCAUCCACAUACCAGGCAAAUGGAAAGAAGUGGACGAUCGUUUACGGAACCGGCUACGCGUCGGGCUUUCUCGGAGUGGACACAGUGCGAUUUGGAGCACCAGGCGAAAAUCAGCUCAUUGUCCCCACAACAACCUUUGGCCAGGCCACUCAUUUGGCGAAAUUCUUUGAGGGUGAUCCGAUCGACGGAAUUCUUGGCCUGGCAUUCACCGCAAUUGCCGAGGGUUUUGUCGUCCCGCCUCUCAUCAAUGCCAUCAACCAAGGUCUCUUGGAUCAACCACUUUUCACUGUUUACCUCAUGCACGACGGUGCCCAAGAUGGAGCGUACGGAGGAGUGUACACCUACGGGGCGCUGGACACGGACAAUUGCGGAGAUAUCAUCGCCUAUCAACCACUCUCAGCGGCCACUUAUUUCCAAUUCAAGAUGGAGGCCGUUUCAUCCGGCAACUAUUCGAAUAAGAACGGCUGGCAGGUGAUCUCCGACACGGGCACUUCAUUCAUUGGAGCUCCACCAGCGAUCGCCGACUCAAUCGCCAAGGCUCACGGUGCGACUUUUGACGCGAAAGACGAGGUCUACAUCAUCGAUUGCAAUGCAACGAUUUCGGUGACAUUCACGAUUGGCGGUCGGGAUUAUGAAAUCGAGUCGAAAAACAUGAUUGUUCCCGGAGACAACAACAAUUGCUGGCUGGCACUCUUCCCUUUUCCAAAUUUCCCUCAAUGGAUCCUUGGUGAUCCGUUCAUCCGCCAAUUCUGCAAUGUUUACGAUCUCGGAAAGCAAAGAAUCGGUUUCGCUCCAUCGAAACAA